AUGGGGCUGGUGGACUCCGGUCUCACCACCAUCCAUCGCUUCUUCAUCCACCCUCGGGAAAACGACAUCGUGGUUGUCGCAGGGGUCGGGGAUCUGAUCGUCCACCUCAUGCCGCCGAUGAUAGACAUGGGGCGCGGGCGGUUGUCGGAGGAGGUGGUGGUGGAGCAGAUCAGGGAGGCGGCGGGGACUUGGGGGUUCUUCCAGGUCGUCAAUCACGGUGUGGCAGUGGAGCUCAUUUAG